AGUAUUUCAAUUGGAUAUCAAGCAACAAUGCGAAAGAAUAACUUGGAUAUUGUGGCCUACUAAGAGUGAGAACAUAAAGCAGAUUUAAACUGGGUUUUGAUAGAUGAAUAGUUUGUGCAAAUUUACAUAAUAUUCAUCCCACUUUAAAUGUUUCUUGGUGCCAAUUGUCAAAAGUAGUAUCCGGGCGCCAUAUUUUACUGCGCGUGCUAGUCUGAAGCAGACGACAUGGAGAAUGAAACAAUGUUGCGAUCUGUGGAAGAAACCAGGUUUAUACUACAACCAGUUUGGGAUUUAAGAAAAGGCUAUGAAGAUUAUGUGCGAUCUCCGCUUUUCCCCGUCUUUCUAUCCGUUGGAUACUACUUUCUUCUAUGCAUUCCGUUUACGUUUGUGGAUAUAUAUUGUAAGAAUAUGAACUGGUACAAGAAGUAUAAAAUUCAACCGGAUAAAGAUGUUGCACCGCCGCUCCUAUGGGAUACUUUAAGUCUCACGUUUUGGAAUCAUUUAUUGUUUAUCAUGCCAACUGCAGUAGCACAAUGGAUCUGGACCCCACCAACACCGCUUCCAGACACAGCACCAGCACUGUUUGAUUUUAUAUGGCAACAGAUAGCCUGUCUUUUAGUAUUUGAUUUUCAAUAUUAUGUUUGGCAUUAUACCCAUCAUAAAAUACGGUUUCUUUACCGACACAUCCAUGGCGUCCACCACCGAUACAGUUCUCCGUUUGUCUGGACAACCCAGUAUCUACAUCCAUGGGAACUGGUAACCGUAGGUUUACUAACUACUACCAACACCUGGUUCUUUAAUUGUCACUGUUUGACGACUUGGAGUUAUAUGAUUGUUAGUAUAUCAAUUAGCGUAGAGGGCCAUAUAGGUUUUGAUUUUCCCAUCCUCUUGUACAAUUGGAUACCUUAUGGUUUUUAUGGAGGAUCACCAAAGCAUGACAUGCACCAUCAAAAACCACUGACCAACUACCAGCCAUUUUUUAAUCAUUUUGAUAAAUUGUUUGGCUCCUAU